AUGGCUUCCGCCGCCGUCAGUAUCAUCAAGCCCAACGGCCCUCUACCUACCGCCCAGGCUGCCGAGUCCACCAGCACUACGGAGCUGCCUCGUCCUUACAAGUGCCCUCUGUGCGAUAAGGCCUUCCACCGCCUCGAGCACCAGACAAGACACAUUCGCACCCACACUGGCGAGAAGCCUCAUGCUUGCCAGUUUCCCGGCUGCUCCAAGAAGUUCUCCCGCUCCGAUGAACUAACAAGGCACUCGCGAAUUCACAACAACCCCAACUCUCGCCGUGGUAACAAGGGCCAGCAGCAGCAGCAUCACCACCACCAGCAUCCCGUCCACCACGCUCUGCCUCUACACAUGCAUUCGGAGGGACUCAUGGCUCCUCCCCCGGCUCCCAAGACGAUUCGUUCGGCUCCCACUUCCACUCUUCACUCCCCCAACGUUUCGCCGCCUCACUCGUUUGCCUCGUUUGCCUCUCCCCACUCUGGUGCUCACCACUACAGUGACCGUCGCAGCGGCGACAUCUCCAUGCUCGCCAAGGCCGCCCACCAGGUCGAGCGCGAGAAUCUGGGCCACGGUCACUCGGCUCGUCAUCACCCUUACUACAGCAACGGUACUCACCACCCUCGCGGCAAUCCUGCUGGCCUAAGCUCUUACCACAUGUCAAGAAGCCACUCGGGUGAGGACCACGGCGACGAUCACUACCACAGCUCGCUCCGCCACAUCAAGCGCUCGCGUCCCAAUUCGCCCAACUCUACCGCGCCUUCUUCUCCCACGUUUUCUCAUGAUUCUCUCUCUCCCACUCCCGACCACACGCCUAUCGCUACGCCUGCGCACUCGCCUCGCCUUCGUCCCUUCUCCGGCUACGAGCUGCCCAGCCUGCGCAACCUGUCUCUGCAGCACGCGACUCCCGCUCUGGCUCCCAUGGAGCCUCAUCUGGAGACGCCCACCUUUGCUCCGAUCUUGCACCAGAGCAAUACUCAGCGCAGCAACGGCAUGUCUCUUACUGACAUCCUCAGCCGCCCGGACGGCAAUCAGAGAAAACUUCCCGUACCCCAGCCUCCCAAGGUUGCCGUGCAGGAUCUUCUCUCGGAGGGCUACAAUGCCCACAGCGGUCGUAGCUCUGCUACUGGCAGUCUCGCCGGCGGCGACUUGAUGGAUCGCGCUUAG